AUGACUACCCAGCCGCAUACCCCAAAUCCUCCGCCGGAUCGACCAAAGAAGGGCAAGGACAAGAAGAUCUUCAGCUGCCACUCGUGCCGACGGCGGAAGCUCAAGUGCGACCGGUUUGAUCCAUGCGGAGCCUGCCAGGUGCGUGGGGAGGGAGAUCGGUGUACGUGGGAGGAAGGGCAGAGACCGGAGCGACACCAUUGUGAAAGCCUCGAGAAACUCCCCAAAAUGAUUUCAAAUUUGGGGAAAGAAGUACAAGAGCUCAAAUUGCUCAACUCGAGCCUCAUGGAGAAGUUUCACGGCAAAGGUGGAGAUGGCGUGGCGGAGACGCUUGCCCUAAUGACUCCCGAUCUUCGGCCUCCUUCGAAUGGAGGAAUAUCCUGCGACUCCAAUAGUAGGUGGGGACUACAGCUAUCAGAUAUCCACCAGUGGACAUCAUAUCAACUGAUGGCCUUGCUCCCUGCAAGCCCUCUCCUCUGGGGUUUAGUUUCGCAUUAUAUCUUUUCCUCUGCCUCACUCACGGGAUUUAUUGAUAUCCAUCAAAUCAUCGGUGAUGUCGAAGAAGUCGAGCAUCUCCGUCAGGGCUUUGACAUGUGCCAAGCUCCUAAAACCCUCAAAGUCAAAUUGUCCCGAAUCCUCGCGUGCGCCAGUCUCGCUGCCGUGGACUUGGAUCCAGACAAGGCACAAGAGCUGGGAAUUGAAGUAUCUGAAAUCGACGCUCUGGUUCGCGACUUAUAUCGAAAGGCACGGAUGCUCAUUACACCAGCCGAUGGGGAUACAGUCCCUACUACAUCAUCAUCAAAUACAACAUCCACACUUGCACGCAACGCCAUCCACAAUAGCCUCGACGAACCUUCAAACAACGGGGUCAUGUCGCGCACACCACCUCCAACCCGCUAUGAUCCAACCCUGCUCGGGGUGGUAUCCAUCAAGAUUCUCCUUCUUCUCACAGCACGAUCUUUUGCGACACCCUCUGAGUACCUCAAACUCCACCUAGACGCCAUCUCAUCGGCAGUAGAUGCGUCUCUAGACUCCGCCGGCAGUGCAGGGAUGUCACCCGCCAAGAAUGAAUGGUGUUGGCAGCUGUGGUCCACGCUCUGCGUAAUGGACUGGACAUCCCCGGGCAUAUAUCACCACGGUAGCUACUUUAUUCGCCCAGAGAUGCUCCGAGAUCCACCCUCACCGUCACCAGUGACUGAUGACGACCACGGAACGACUCUAGACCGCCUCCGACAGACGCGCCACUAUCUCGAGUACGCACUGGCACUCGCGCAUCUGGCACGACGCGCUGAGGACUGCAUCCUACGACCAGGACCCGUUUCUCCGUCCCAGGCAGCCGACCUCUGCGCCGAGCUAGAUACCUUAGACCACAAUCUGAGUUUCUACCAGCUACUUGGAAGCGCAGGAUCGCGCUCUGAAGGACGGGAUUCCCCUUCGUCCGGAAGAAGCACAUGGCCAGGCGGAGAAGGCAGCGAGCAUCUGGCUCGUCGCACCCCGCAGGUACAGAAAAUGCAUCUCAGCCUCGAACUCGGACUUAUCCGCUUCAAGCUCUUCCGACACGAGACCUUUCACCUCCUGCAUGAGGCCUCGACCGCAGCCCCACUGCGGCUGAUGUGCCUGGAUGCCUGCAUGGACGCCUGCAUCCUCGUUCUGGCCCAGUGUCGCCGCCUUGGCAACGGUGAUGGAAUCGUGGAUCAGGUUCCGGAUAUCUUCGAGGUAGCGAAACGACCCUGCACGGGGAGUCUGCGCCGCGUCUUGCAGCCUGCAUCGGCAGCGGCCUUGAUUGGACAGGUGCUGCUGCAUGAAUCUCAGUCUGCUGAUGGGAUGGGGAUACUGGCGCGAGCGGAUCAUCCUCCGCCUCCCGGACGGGAAUUUUUUGCUUUUGCAGGUGGCGCUGAGAAUAACUGGGCUAGUAUUGCUAGGCUGAGUGGGGAGAAGGUCGGUGUCUUGCAGUGGCAUGUUAAUACGGUGUUGUCGUUGCUGGAGGCCAUGCAGGGGACUUCUUCAUUAGCGCGGUCUAAGUUGAGUUUACAUAUGCAAUGUAUGUAA